AGAUGAAUCCUCCUCUUCACCCGGCUGCACUGACGGUCCGGGAAGAACAGAUAUAGUGAAUGCGGGGUCCGAGGUGAGCAGAUAUAGUGAAUGCAGGGUCCGAGGAGACCAGAUAUAGUGAAUGCAGGGUCCGGGGAGAUCGGAUAUAGUGAAUGCAGGGUCCGGGGAGACUGGAUAUAGUGAAUGCAGGGUCCGAGGAGACCAGAUAUAGUGAAUGCGGGGUCCGGGGAGAGCGGAUAUAGUGAAUGCAGGGGUCCGGGGAGAGCGGAUAUAGUGAAUGCAGGGUCCGGGGAGAGCAGAUAUAGUGAAUGCGGGGUCCGGGGAGAG